UUAGAUGACUUGUGCAGACUCACCCCAAAGUUAGCAAAGCCGGAGUAAGAGAAGUUUCAGGUCCGACAACCGGACCAUAAACUCUAGCAAAAACACGCCGAUUUCGGGCAAUUUUACCCCGUUGGAAGAAUAUUUACAAGUUCCUGGAUCGUCCCGAACGACUUCCUUGCGGAGGCAACCGGAUUUUCGUGCCAAAACGGGUGAUUUUGAGUCCGGAAGGAGCGACGAAGAGAGAGGUGACCGUCCCGUGUGGGAAUCAGACGGAGUGGUGGGGUAGGGUUUGACGUUUCUGUACGGACUUUUCUUCGGGUUUUCCUUCAUUUUUACACCGUUACCCUGUGGAUUUAACACUGACAGCCCCGUAGAGGGACCUCACCAGUGUUUCGGUGAGGUUUUGAGUUCCGUUGGUGUACGGGACAGUUCGUCGCGGGAGUUUUUGCGUGGACUCGAACUUGCGACCUCUUCUACCAGCUGGGGCCAAGAUGGACGCCCAGGGCAGACAGGUCCUUUCUCACGGAGACCCGGAGGGCGACUUGGAGAAGUUGUUCGCCGCCGUCAUGAACAAGAAGGAAGGGCAGCCAGUCUCCGUACCCAUGAGGAUGAGAAACCUUCCUCCAUCCUUCUUUAGCCCGCCGCCAGACCGACCAAAGGGCGGUGCUUCGGCGGCAGCCUACCCGGGCCCCCCGCCAACCUCUCAGAUGUCUCCCCACAACCUCCCCAUUGCCCACUCGAGGGCCCACUCCUCCCCAGCCUCGCUCCAGGCCACACAGCAGGCAUCACAACAGUUCCAGCACCUGAGGCAACAGAGCUACGACCCCACGGCCAUGGACGACCUGGGGCCCUUACCGCCGGGCUGGGAGAUGGCACACACCGCAAGCGGACAGAGGUAUUAUCUAAACCAUAACAACCAGACCACGACCUGGGAAGACCCGAGAAAGUCGCUCAGCACAUCGUCUCUCAACCAACCACAGAGCCCCGCCGGCACCCCAGUCAGAUCCCCGGGGUCAAUGUCCCCCCUGUCCCCCUCUCCUGCACAUUCCCAGCAAGGUCUGAACAACAUUAACAACAUCCCUUUACCCGAGGGUUGGGAACAGGCCACUACCCCUGAAGGGGAGAUCUACUUCAUCAACCACCGUACACAGACCACUACCUGGCUGGACCCCAGACUUGCCAUGAUGCAGCGUCAGCAGACCAUCCCCCAGCACCAGCAGCCCCCCUACCAGGCGCGCUCCCCCACCCCCCAGCAGCAGGCACAGGUCAACGAGCAGCAGCGCCAGCAGAAGCUGCGGCUGCAGCGGCUGCAGCUGGAGAGGGAGCGGCUGCGCAUGCGGCAGGAACAGAUCAUGCAGCAGGAGAUGGCUUUACGUGCAGGGCAGAUGCCAGAGGAACAGAUGAACGUAGCGGGGAUGCCGCCCGCGUCGCAGGCCGCCGUGUCGUCCGCCUCGCAAAACCCCACCCAGACCACGUCAGAGAUGCAGGCAGUCACCACAACAGGUAUGGACCCGUUCCUGAGCAGCGGAACUCCGUACCACAGUCGUGACGAGAGCGCAGACAGCGGUCUGGGCAUGAGCAGUAACUACUCCCUCCCGCGUACGCCCGAGGACUUCCUCAGUAAUGUGGACGAGAUGGACACAUCAGAAAACACUGGUGCAGAAAAGAUGCAGACGAGUCGCCCCAACUCGACCCAGCCUCAGCCCGGGCGCGGCAUGCCUGACAUCCUGGACACCAUGCAGGGCACCAACGUGGACCUGGGCUUCCCGGAGACGGAGAGUUCCAACGUAGACAGCGAGGAACUGGUGCCCAGUCUACAGGAAGCGCUGAGCUCAGACAUACUCAACGAUGUUGAGAACAUGUUGUCACCAUCCAAGAUCGACAACUUCCUCACCUGGUUGUAGUGCAGCCAAGGCAACAACAGUAUUAACCAGCCUUGGACGAAGGCCCAGAAGGACAACUUAAGUCGCAAACGAUUUGUUGCCUACACAAACCAUUUUUCCUAUGCCGCGUUCAGGUCACAAAAUUUUCCUGCACGAAGCUCGCAAGAUUUUUUCAUAGAGCUUUACGUACUUCGAACCGACAAAAUGUUAGACGUAGCCAGAAAAAUGGUUUUGGCAGUUGACGAAAGUUGUACUUGUGGGCCUUCGUAGCCUUGAAAGGUAGCCAUAGGCUGAUAUGGGUUCAUGUGUAUAAGCAGUCAUGUCGAAUAAGAAUAGUCUGUUGGGAAAUAGACAGAAGGAAGAGACGAAGACUGCCGCAGCAAAAUAACCUUUUAAAGAUAUCGAGCAAUAUCACGAAGAGGCCACUUACAAAAUAUCUGGCACGGUCAUAUCAAAGUUUACGGUGCCAUUUGUACCUACUUAAUAGGAUGUUCUGUUGGUUUCACCCGGUCUCCAGCCUGCAUGCCUUAUAUGGUAACCCACCUCGACCAAUCGCACGGCUGCAUGAGUGGAAUUGACCAAUGAGAGGAUAAUUCCUUCUGACCAAUCAGUCUCUUGUUCAUACUGACAAGCCAAGUAUGGGUUGUAUAUUUUUAUCAAAGAUAUUAUCAAAAUUUUAAAAAAAUUCAGAAAAAAAAGAAAGAAAAUUGGCAUAUUUUUUUGCAAAGUUGUGAAAAGAGGCUUUUUAUGCUGUCAAACCAACAGAAUAUCUGAACACUAGUAAUUCUAUGGCCUGACCACUUUAGGGUUAAGUUUUAAAUUAGUGUUGUAAAGAUUUGUUUGAUAUCUCAAUAUAUAACAUUUUUGUCUUCAUUUUAUAACUAGCUAGUAUGAAAAGAAAGUUAUUUUCACAUCAUAUCAGGUGAAGAAAUGUAGUACAGUAGUCAUAUCUUUUAGUCGUUUGCAUAUCACCCAGAAUUAGCGUACUAUACGGUGUAGAGAGGACGAUCUUUUCAUUUUAUUUUGUAUAUACGUUUGGAUGAGAUGUUAUAAUCAGAGUGAGUGAGUGGGAAGAUAUAUUGACUUUAAAGUUUUAGAUUUGUUGAAUAUAGAAUGAUUUAGCAAAUCAGUUGAUCAAUGAAUUCAUCAGCAUUGCUGCCAACUUUAACAGAUCUUAUUUACAGUACCGCGUUGCCAGUACAGCGAUUUUUGAUCUUGGUUUAAUGUCUUGCUAAGCGACGAAAGAUUUUUGAAAUGUGGGAUAAUUUCAGGUUGCCUUCUAGCAGAAGUCUUCCAUAAAAAAUUCUAAAUUCAUUCUUUGCAAAAGCUUUAACCGAAGUCAUUGACGUGCUCUCUGUUUCGCUGCGGUCACUUUCGUUGUAGGUCAUCGUAUGAUUUUGAUGUCGAAUUUUCAAGCAGCCUAUGGUGGAAGAGUUUAAGGCAGCUUUUUCAGUACCAGCAAGACAGCAGAAUUUGGCAAGUGGCAUGUAUGCAUACCCCAAAAAUGCUCUUGGUUUGCUAUCAUACAGCAACAACAGUACGAUGUGAUCGGGGCCUUUAAGUUAGACGAAAACAUACUCUCAGAAAAACGUUUAUUGUUCACUGACCAUCCAGAACUAUUGAUGGUAAUGAUUUCAUGAAACUUAUGAUUUUACGAUGGCUUCUUUUGCAAGCUUAGUCGUUUCAUGCUGACCAUCUGAAUUAUUGAUACUUUUGCUUUACGCUCGCUUUAGUUUUUAAUUAUGCUGUACAUUUCUUUAUGCAAGUGUGGCAUCGCCGCCUCACCAUUUUAGUUGAUGAAAUUUUUCUUGUUUUUCCAAGUCCGACUUUUAGUUUUGCAUUUCUUUUGAAAUAACUAGCUAUGGACUUUGAAUGGCAUUUUGUUUCUGUGCAUAAAUGAUAGUUUGGAAUGCCGCUUGUCUCUUACUGAGACAAAAACUAUGGCUCACAUCUUGCCACUAUGUAACAAGAGCCUGGGAGUUGUUGCACUAGCGUUCCAACAAACACUACUGGCAUUACCAUAGCAACAGCACGUUGUCAUAACAACUGACAGAAUCAUUGCUGCAUUACUCUUACUUACAUCAACGCGUAUUUCUGACAAGUUCACUGUCAUUCCAGUGACUAAAGAGAUAUAUUUUCCUGUGUCGUUUUGUAUUUCUAACGUCCACCGUGCCUUAUACCAUAGGUAUUUUCUAAGCAAUAAGAAAUGAGAACUCUAUGCUCAUGUGCUAAACGAUAUUUCCCUCUAUCAAAUACAGCAAAGGUAUAUUUAACUUAAAACCAUGAAGUGCCUUACGUAGUAUCUCAUCUUGGUCCUGUUAGUUGCAUAUCACGUAUCGCAAAUAGUUGUAUCACCAAAUGACCAUAUCUUUUCUAUAGAUGCCAAAGUGAGGAAUUAUGUUAAGGUGAUGGAAUCCCUAGUUACAAGUGUAUUAGCCAUUGUCUAUAUAUACGUUUAAAGAUUGUUUGUGGACCUUUUUAGAGAUCCAUUGCAUGCUGGGAGAUACAGUGCAUUAUGGGUAGCAAAUUUCGAACUUGGUAUACGUGCACAGCGUACAUGCGUGCAUGAUGAUUUUGUAUGCCGCAUGCGCUACCCACAGUGCAUUGCAUCUCCCAUUGAAAACUAUAUGGUAGCGACAAUGUAUACACGCUCGUGUAUGUAUCUCGGGACUCCAUUGUCUUUGUGUAGUUGACUCUACUGUAGAAUAUUUCAUAUCAAGAAGUAAAUAUAUUAGACAUAUCCUGUGUGCCAUAUCAGUUGCCCGAAUGUACGGUGUAGUACACUUAUACUGAAUGUUUGGGAAUAACCCCAACCCUUCCCUUUAUAAUUCGAUGCAGCCAUAUAAUUCUCACUACUUUCGUCAUAUCAGAUAAUGCGAAUCUUCAGUAAUGCACAAGUUCAUGUACUUAGAACCAUAUCACAAGAAAAUAUAAGGAUAUCAACAGCAAUGUUGCAAACCCGAAAGCUAAUCGCAAACAAAAGCAAAACAACAUGUGUAUACUUAAAACAGAGCAGGAAAAUUGAAUGUAUGAAUGAAUUAAAGAUGAAAUGACAACUAUUCUAAAAUCUAUUUACAACAAUUCUACAGAUAUGUUUUUGUAGACUGACGAAAAAUCCCACCAUAUUUUUGUGGAGCUGUAUUUUUGUCCUUGAACCAAAAUUUACCAAAUACUGCCACGCAUUGUAACCUAUAGCUUAUGCUAAAGACAAGCUGGUUUCUAUAGUGACUAGCGAAGAGUUAGAAACACAAGGUGUAAAUAGUGCCUUAUAGACUUAUUCACCACCAUAUCAGGACACUUUAAGGUAAAGUUUUAUACCGCUAGUAUGAAUAAUGUGAGUUUUAAAAAGAGAGAAUGGACUUUGGUUUUUAAGAUGUAAAUAGAACUUUUGAGAAAAAAA